UGAGAAAUUUUAGCCCGCUCAAAAACCCCAAUUCGAUGCCCUAAAUUAGACGAAGCAGAGCAAAGCAGAGAAAGGCUUCGACUACCCCCAAUUUGAUUGGAGCUUCAGUAAAAUCGUGAUUUGGUGUAGUUGGGCUGCAUCUUCGAGCUUCUUCAGAACCUGUCAAUUUUCAGCAUAAGAAAUGGAUAUGAAUGAAGAUCAUUAUGAGGUUCUUGGUUUACCAUCUGGAGAGGAAGGCGCUAAGCUUACAGAGAAAGAGAUUACAAAGGCAUACAGAGUGAAGGCUUUGGUGUUGCACCCUGACAAGAGGCCAGAUGAUCCUGAUGCCAGUGUCAAUUUCCAAAGGCUCAAAUCAUCGUAUGAGAUACUCAAGGACGAAAAAGCCAGGAAAUUGUUUGAUGAGUUACUCAAAGUUAAGAGACAGCAGAAACGCCGCCAUUUAGAACGUGAUGCCAAGCGACAGAGGAUGGUCUCUGAUCUUGAAGCAAGAGAACGAGCUGCCUUUGCUCCAGACCCAGCUGCCAAAGAUAGAGAAGAAGAGGAGAGAAUUUCUAGGAAACUUGCUGAAGAGGUUGCGAGAAUACGUGCAAUGCAUGCAAAUAAGGGGACGCCUACUGCUUCAGUUCCAAAAAAAGAUAAUGGGAGAGUUGGGAAGGAGAGUGUGGGUGGUGCUGAGCAAGGGGUGGAUAAGGAAAGGGUGCUUAAAGUUACAUGGGAAAAGGUUGGUGAAGAUUAUACAGCAGAGAGGUUGAGAAACUUGUUCUCCGCGUUUGGUGAGGUUGAAGAUGUUCUUAUCAAGUCUAAGAAGAAAGGUUCAGCCCUGGUUGUAAUGGCAACUAAAGAUGCAGCUGUUGCUUCAACAAGAACUAUGACCGGUGACCUUUCUAAUCCAUUGCUGGUUAAACCUCUUCAACCAGUUGCUGCGCCAUUGGCUCCAGCAGCUCAGAAAUCUGAUGCACCUGAUCGUCUUAAUAAUUUGGUUGGCACUGGGUAUCAAUCUUUUGAGGAUGCCGUUUUGAAGAAACUCGCACAGGCUGCCCAGAAGCAAAAGUAAUAUUCAGAACUUCAGAAGCAUGAAAGGAUGGUUGAUCUCAAAAGCAAGUUUAUGAUUUCAAUGGUUUUAUUGUAUAGGUGUGAUCCACAGACCAACCACAUGACAAGAGAACUCUAUACACUGUACCCAUGUGAUGUGAUUGGAGCCAGAGCUGUUUCUUUUGUUUUUGUUUUCUGGGGAACUGGUGUGGAGUUUCUCUCUCCAACUAUCUCAUGAUAAUGCAAAGGAAGAACUCUUGGUGUUAACAGUGUUGAAUAGUAUUAGAUACUAAGCAUCAGGUCCAGCAUUGGUGGCUGUGCUAUACAUUUUACAUUUCAUAUUUACAGAAGAAUUUCUAUUGGCCAUAACCAAUUGUACCAUGGGAGGUGACAUGUAGAGCCCCUUGCAUAUUAUCAUUUUAGGCUUGUACUUUCUAUCAAAUAACAAAUUACUGGAGUUUUCUUCCUUUAUUCCACUGUUAAUCCUCUGUUUUGGCAUUCUUGUC